AGUAUUAGAACUCUGACUAGACUUCCAGCAGACUGAGAGACUUGAACAACUGGGCAAUUGGGAGAAAUGGACGCGAACCUAAAGAGUCUCAGCGAUGUCGACCGCAAGACCUUCAAGAGGUCCGUGAUGGUCGCCCACGAUGCAUCGAACACGGCUCUCGUGGCGAAGAAGCGCGAGAUGCACUACUAUGCAGCGGAGGUCAAUGCGGACAUUGAAUAUCGCUCGCAGUUCAAGGUAAAGGAGAACGUUGAUGGCGAGGAGGUGGACUACACCCCCAAUACCCUGACCGAGUCGCAGUACACCGACAAGUUCAUGAAGUUCAACUUGCACUUGAUGCACAACAUAGCCACGAUGCAGAUGUAUCACACGCGGGGCAGCAUGCUGCGCUCGAAGACCAGGUCGAGCAUGCGAGGCGGUGUGGGUGGCAAUAAGCAGUCGAUGGAGGAGCUCAUCAAUGGCAUUCUCUAUGAGGCGAUCAUCUUUGAUCCGGCGGGCGCUCACAAGGAUGAGGAGCAGCCGGCCCACAUGCCCGUGCCCUUCAAGAAGUCCUUUGUCAAAGUCACGAUACGCAAAUCAGAGUUCAUCGAGCUGCACUCGCAGAUCAAUUCGACCGUGGCCAAGGGCACAGAGCAGGGCAACGCAGUUGAGGCGGACAAUCGCCUCUACGAUUACCUCACCGUCGGCAAGGGCAAGGUGCGCCGUCGGUCCGACAACGAUGCCCAGACAGAGAUAGUCCUGACCAACAGCCGGGCCGUGAAUACGAUCUACGUGACCCAUGCCACCGUGGGCUCGUACGUCUCCAACUUCGAGAUGUACGACACCCUGCAGGGCGUGGUCAGCAAGCAGACCCAGAUGACGCAAAACAUGCUCAGCCAGAGUGAUCCGCCGGGCGGUACGGCGCCCCGCUCCACGAUCGCCCUCGAGGAGGAGAUCAACGAGCGGAACAAGGUGCGCUCGGUGACCCAGCAGCUGUUCAAGCAUCCGGUCUUCAAGAAGGCCAUACUCUUCAUUGGACGCACUCUCUCCAGCAACUUCUACAACUCGGGCAUGCAGCGAUUCCGCAAUUUUCAGAAGCCGGAUCGCUGCUCGACGGAAGUCCAGUACAAGUACUCGAUGAAGGGCCUGUUCCGCCUGAUGCCCAGCCAGGUCAACGACGACCGCAAGGCGGUUAGCGAUAUCAGCUUCUGUUAUGCCAACAGCGACAUUGUGGCGAUUGGCUACGGCCUGUUCUCCUUCUCCUCCCAGCACGUGCCCUCCACCGGCGACGUGUUCGUGUGGAGCAUCAAGAAUCCGGGCGAGCCGGAGCGUGCCUACUACUACAAGACGCCCGUCACAGCCCUUUGCUUCUCUCCCUACCUGCCGUCGCUCAUCGCCAUCGGCAUGUACGACGGCUGCGUGGAGGUGAGAGAUGUGGCGGACGACACCAACAUGCCCAUUGCGGUGUCUCAGCGCAGCACCUCGCCGGGCUGCUCGCCCGUGGUCGCCAUACGCUGGCUGAAGCAGGUCGGUGACGAUGAUGCGGGCGAGAUCGAUCCGUUUCUCAGCCUGUCGCAGGAUGGCUCGGUGACACGCUUCCACCUGGGCAAGAGUCCCUAUCUCCUCGGCUUCACACAGAUGACUCUGGAGCGCAUCGAAGGUCAUCCGGAGGGCAUACACGUGCCCAUCUCCCCGACCAUGACCGUCGCCGCCAACAGGCACCCGCAAGGACUCUCCCUCACCACGCAUCCGGUGGACAACGACAUCUACUACAUCCUCACCGACGAGGGCUGCAUACACAAGUGCUCCAUCAACUACCAGCACCAAUAUCUGGAGGUGCUCAAGUGCCAUGACGGCGCCGUCAACAUCAUGGAGUUCUCACCCUGGUCGCCCAGACUCUUUCUCACCUGUGGCAACGACUGGUACGUGCGCAUCUGGGUGGAUGGCAUUACCCGACCGCUGAUCGAGUUGCUCGAUGACUUCCAGCCCAUUCACUGGGCCAAGUGGAGUCCCAUCAACUCGACAAUUAUUGUGUCUGUCAAUCGGAAUACUUGCAGCAUUUGGGAUCUACGUCGCAACAUACUCAAGCCCAUGGGCAAGCACGAUAUGGACGCCUCCUACAACACAAUUGCUCAAUUCUCGAAUAGCGGCACGGUGUUGGUCGUUGGCAAUGAGCGUGGUAACGUUUUGUUUGAGGCCCUCAACGAUAUGCCCUUCGCACCACAUUUUCAGUACGAUGAAAUGGAGAAGGCCAUUUACAGGGCCAUUGGCAACGAUCAGGAGUUGUUCAUUGAGCUCAAGAGCAUCGGCUUCUUCGGCUAUCCCAAUAAGAAGGCUGUAAGGACCUAACUGUUUCGUCCAACCUAUGUCUAGCAUUAUAAAUAAAAUCU